AUGACUAACAAUACCUCAGAAACAACAAUUACUUCAAGCUAAGUUGAAGCUUAAAGUGUUUGCUCAUCACCAGAAUAAGUUAAACCAAAUCAAGCAAAAUUGAUUACAGUAACACCUAAGGAUAGAGAAAUCCGUCCAUGGAGAUCAAUUUUCGGAGGAGCUUUUAUGAUGACAUAUCUUACUACUCCUUUUAUUAUGUGUUAUAUUUAUUUCAAAGCAGUUUAAGGUGAUGUUUUAUGCAUUACUCUCUCCAUUAUUUAAAUAAUUGCUCAAAUUUAUGCUAAACGCUGGGAUGCUUGGUGCAGAUUACUUAAUUAUUUAGAUAUGGAUCUUUACUUUGAUGAAUUUGGAUUGCAUUUCGAAGAAGAACUUGCAAAAGAAAAAGUUCUACUAGGAAUCCAUCCCCAUAACGUUGUUACUCUUGGAAUGACUUUAAAUUAAUUUAAAGGUAGAUUUGGUAAAUAAAACAUUUGUGCUAGCAGAGUACUUUUAUACAUGCCACUUUUAGGAAUGCUUCAUAAAUUUAGCGGAAUAGUACCAGUCGAUGCUUAAAAUCUUAAAAAGUUAAUGUCAGCAAAUAGAAAUUUAAGUAUAGUACCUGGAGGAUUUGAAGAAGCUACUAUCUCAUCAAGUACAAAAGACAAAGUAUUCAUUAAAAAUCGUAAGGGUUUUAUUAAAUUUGCUCUCCGUUAUGGAUAUAACGUGCAUCCUGUUUUCAUCUUUGGUGAAAAUAAAAUGUUUGAGUAUUUUGAAAAAUUUGAAGAAUUCAGAUUGCUUAUGAACAAAGUUAAGCUUGUUGGUCUUAUUUUCUGGUCUAGAUUAGGUCUACUUCCAGAGCCUCGUCUUAAAGUUAACACUGUUGUAGGUAAAGCUAUUAAGCUUCCAUAGAUCGCAGAGCCUACUGCAUAAGACGUUGAUAAAUAUCACACUAUUUACAUUGAAGAGCUUCAAAGAAUCUUCAAUGAAAACAAGAUUAAAUUUGGUGACAACCAUGACUUAAUAAUAUACUGA